AUGUAUAUUCUCAAGCCUUCGUGGCUGCGGCAUAGUGGCGAGCAGAAGGAUUUCGAGGUAUACAGCUGCCACGUCUCCCCGGAUGGCUCGAGGCUAGCUACGGCUGGUGGAGAUGGCCACGUCCGAGUUUGGUCGACCGAAGCCAUCCUCAACUCUGAGAAGCCCGACAACGGCAAACCACGGCAACUCUGCCACAUGAGCCAUCACCUCGGAACCAUCCACUCAGUGCGCUUCUCACCGAACGGCCGCUACCUCGCUUCCGGCGCCGACGAUCGGGUCAUCUGCAUUUACCAACUGGACCGCAACCCACCAUCGCACGCAGCGACGUUUGGCACAAACGAACCGCCACCAGUAGAGAACUGGAAAACGCAUAAGCGCCUCGUCGGCCACGACAGCGAUGUUCAAGACCUCGCCUGGUCAUAUGACAACUCGAUCCUCGUGUCCGUGGGGCUUGACUCCAAGGUGGUCGUCUGGUCCGGACACACGUUUGAGAAGCUGAAGACUAUCGCCGUCCACCAGAGCCAUGUCAAGGGCAUCACAUUCGACCCGGCGAACAAGUUCUUUGCCACUGCGGGAGACGACCGACACAUCAAGAUCUUCCGCUUUACACCGCCUCCGCCGAACGCAACACAGCAUGACAUGGUGAACAACUUUGUCCUUGAGACGACAAUCAGCGCACCGUUUAAGAGCUCGCCGCUCACAACAUACUUCCGGAGGUGUAGCUGGUCACCCGACGGUAACCACAUCGCAGCGGCCAAUGCAGUGAACGGCCCGGUGAGCAGCGUUGCCAUUAUCGAGCGGUCUACUUGGGACAGCGAGAUCAACCUGAUCGGCCACGAAGGUCCCACCGAAGUGUGCAUGUUUUCUCCACGGCUGUUCCACACGCAAAAGCCCAGCGAGAACGGGUCCAGCGAGAAGGCUCCUCCCCUGGUAACCGUUAUUGCGUCCGCCGGCCAGGAUAAGACACUUAGCAUAUGGAACACGAACACGUCAAGGCCGGUCGUCAUCUUGCAGGAUGUGACGUCGAAGUCGAUCUCAGACUUGGCCUGGACCCCGGAUGGCCAAACAUUGUUCGCCUCGAGCUUGGACGGCUCCAUCCUCGCAGUCACGUUUGAGGUUGGCGAGCUGGGCUGGGUAGCGACCUCGGAGGAGAACGACAGAGCACUGCAAAAGUAUGGUGGGUCGAGGAAGGGCAUGGGAAUCGCCGAGGAUGUCGACGGUCUGCACUUGGAGAAUCACAGCAAAGAAGGAGAGCGCCGGGGAGCCGAAUCAAGAAUGGGGGCCUUGAUGGGCGAUUUCCAAGCCGAGGAAAAGACCCACGCAGUUACGACCAAUGGAACCAAAUCGACGGAUAAGAAUGGCGAGACCAAUGGCACUACACAAACAUCAACGGGCAAAGAGGCCGCGAAGGCUGCGGCCGCCGACGAAAGCGCAGAGAAAACGGCCGAACGGAUAGCUGAACUAAAGUCGCGGGUGCAGGUCACCAAGGACGGUAAGAAGAGAGUAGCGCCCUUGCUUGUCUCUUCCUCUGCUACUGGCCUCUUGUCUUUGCCUCAGUCGCAACUGGUGGGAGCAAAGUCUGCCAAACCGACGCAAAACGACCCACCGCAGACAAUGCUGGACCUCUCCAAGCCUUUCCAUGGCUUACCAAGAGGCGGUAUCGCUGCGAUGCUUCUUGGUAACAAGAGAAAAGCUGCCCCAACAGAGGCAGAAGAGGAUGAAGAGCUGCCAGCCAAGCGGCCAUCAACCAGCCCUGUGCUGAUAAUGGUUGACACCCCUGAGGGCCUGGAACCCGCCCCUCCCACGGCCCCGGCGCACGGCAUGGUGCCGACACCGGAGUUCCUUCGACCGGCUGUCAUAAGCCCUGCCAUUUCUUUCUCUCAAAUCAGGUUGGCUGUUCCCAAGGUGCGGUCACAUAUCCUCAGACCGCUUGAAAGGGGCGUUCUGCAAGGCCAGUCAAGUCAGGAAGAAGCAUCGAAGGUGCCUGAGAACAUCAUUCUCGAGGCCAGAAACCCGAUAAAACCCCGCGAACCUUCGCGCAUUACCGCCUCCAAACGCGGCGCCUUACUAUGGCAAGACUUCCUCCCGCGAGCGAUCCUUCUCGUCACGGGAAGCAAACACUUUUGGGCCGCUGCGUGUGAAGAUGGCUCCAUCCAUACCUGGACUCCGGCUGGCCGCCGCCUCCUCAACGGCAUCAUCCUCGACUCGCAACCCGUCAUCCUCGAGUCGCGGGAUCACUGGCUCCUCUGCAUCACGUCUGUCGGCCUCUGCCACGUCUUCAACAUCAAGACCAUGUCCGCCGCCCAUCCACCCGUCUCUCUCGCCCCGAUACUUGACAUCGCCAUCACCUCUCUCUCCCCCGAGGGCGCGACCCCUGCGCCCGGUGUCACUUCAGCCCACCUCAACAGCGUCGGCGCCAUCGUGGUCACCCUCAGCAACGGAGACGGGUUCUACUACUCGUCCACCAUGUACGCCUGGCAGCGACUGUCAGAAUCAUGGUGGGCCUUGGGGAGCCAGUACUGGAACAGCAACGACUCGUCCAUCAGCGCGCUUUCCUCUACCGCCGUGGGUCCGGUAACGAAGAACGGGGCGUCCACGACGUCAGACAAGGGAGAAAAUGGAGAAGUCAGCGUCUCGGCGGGCGUCAUACCCUUCCUCGAACGGCAUACCACCACCGAGUUCCUGCUGAAGGGACGCGCGUACACCUUGCAAAGGCUCAUCAAGACGCUGCUGGCCAAGGACGGGUUCGAGGGGUUCGAGAGCACCGUCAGCGUGGCCCACUUGGAGAAUCGCAUUGCCGGGGCGCUCGCGCUCGGCGCGAAGGAGGAGUUCAGGUUGUAUCUGUUCAUGUAUGCUAAACGGAUUGGCGCUGAGGGGUUGAGGGGGAAGGUGGAAGAGUUAUUGAACUGCUUGGUUGGGGGCGUUUUGCGGGAGAAGAGCGCGGACGGCGAGGGGAAGGGGUGGUUCAGUAGGCAGGAGACGUUGGGGGGGUGGAACAGAAAGGAGUUGCUGAAGGGGGUCGUGCUGAUUUUGGGCAAAUUCCGUGACCUCCAGCGGUUGACGGUCCAGUACGCCCGCAUCCUCGGGCUGACUGCCGAUAAAGAAGAGGGCGGCGGCGGUGAGAACACAGCAGCCGAGGGGAUGGAGUUGGAGGACUAG